CCCGGCAGGUGGCGGUAAUUUGCGUAGAAGCUGGUUGAUGAACUGCAAUUCAAACUCGAAGAAGAAAAGGAGGAAGUUGACCUGGUAACGGCUGCAGCUAAUAAACAGAAACACUUCGCCGGUAAUUUAUUCCCAGAGCUCAGUUCUCUCCUCCUUCUCUGUUCCGGAAUAAUAUUGCUCCUUCGCUGAAAGGUCAGAUAUGAGUAUGGUGUCAAACAGUCGGUGCUAGGUAGCGUUAGCAUUGUUAUUAACGCCUGUUAGCUACCGUAUCUCAGGCGGCUGCUAAUUACGUUAGCUACUUUUGGUUAUCAGGUGUCAUAAGUGAAAACAAGAGUUGUCACGCGUCUGACCACCGACCCCCUGUCCUCUGGAUCUCUGCAGGCUCAACACUGAGGAAGAAAUGGACGAGAUAAAGACCGAGCCUGUGGAUUUUGUGAAGGAAUUUCAAGAAUACCUGACACAGCAAACCCAGCAUGUCAACAUGAUCUCCGGCUCCGUGUGUGGAGAGAAGGACUCACUGGAGCCGUUUCAAGCCGCUGCACCCAGAAGUGAGCAGAAUGGCCUGGACCCUCCGUCUGUGGAGGUGAGCCUGGCGAUGGAGGAUGGGUCCGAUGUGCAGAUGGACGGCCUGGAGAGGACCUGUGAUGGCAAAUACAAGUGCAGCUACUGUAGUUAUGCCAACAAGGGCAUGGCUCGCUUAAUAGAGCACAUCCGCAUCCACACAGGAGAAAAGCCACACCGCUGCCAGCUGUGCCCAUUCGCCUCAGCAUAUGAGCGCCAUUUGGAAGCCCACAUGCGUUCGCACACAGGAGAGAAGCCAUACAAGUGUGACCUCUGCGCCUUCCGCUGCAGCGACCGCAGCAACCUGUCGCACCACCGUCGCCGCCGCCACAAACUUCUGCCCACGAGGGUCGUUCGCUCUUCCUUCUCCAACAAGAGAAUGCUGGGCGCCUUGCAGAAGAGGACGGGCGCGCUUGGCUUCAGCAGGCGACUGCUUAUCAAUUUCAACCCUCCCUCCAUGGUGAUGCCAAAGUCGGAUUAUCUAAACGACUUGUCUCACAAGCUCCACUACCAUUUGAAUGGCAGUGAGUAUAAGGACCUUCCCAAGGUAGAUGAGAAUGAUAGUCACAACAGAGACGCUAAUGGUUUGACGUUUAAUAACCCGCUGGACCAGCUUUCCACACUUGCUGGCCAGUUGGCCGACCUUCACCCUGAGUCUCAGACUGCAGCAUCUCCAGACAGGGAGUUUUUAGAAGAUGAGAAGCCCAUCCUCGUACAUCAGGUCUCUAUUGACCAGGUUGCAAUGUGUUCAAACAGAGUGCAGACAUCACCUCCUAAAGAAGAAUCUCUCACCUCAGGCCGCGGCAGUUGCAGUCCUGUUCCUGGCCUCGGUUUUGAGAACAACAUGAACACGCUUCCUGCGAGUGUGAGCAACAGCCAGCCGAGCACGCCCACUCCUGCCCUGAACACACUGGACCAACAGCUCUUUCAAAAAUGCCCGCACUGUGAUAUUGACUUUUCUGACAAUAUCCUCUACACCAUUCACAUGGGCUGUCAUGACUACGAACAUCCAUUCCAGUGCAACAUCUGUGGACACAUGUGCACAGACAAAUAUGACUUUGCGUGCCACUUUGCCCGUGGCCAACAUAAAAAGUGAUUCCUUGUGGCAGAGAAGCACAUGGAGUCAGAGAUCCUUGUGUUUUCGGUAAAUUGUAUUAAACAGUCACACUGGCUUUAUAUUUUUGUUUUUGUAGAGUUUACUAUCAAUUUUACACUCACUAACUGCACUAUAUACUUGGCUUACGACAGCUCUACACAACUUUCAACUACAAGCUUUUUGACAUUAUUUUGACUGAAUACAACGACAGACACAUAUUACACAAUAGCGUAGUUUGCAGUGUUAGGAAACCGACCUUUGUCCUUUGUGUUUCAUUGUGAUUUUGCAGUGAGUCACCAGGGCUUCACAGUAAAUCACAAAUACACAGGCAACUACAUUUUAACAAACAAAAUAAUCAACAGUAUUUAAAAAUGAACACAGGUAUUCACUGCAGGGCUGAUAACCUGUCAUUUGUCCACCAACUGUAUAUCUGUUAAUCUAAAGUUUCUGUCUCAGUUAAAUCAGCUGGACACGUUUUAUUGUGAUGAGGUGAAGUGGGAUGUUUAGAGACCGAUGAACUGAUCAACUUGUUUUCUGUUCAAAACUUAACUUUAUGUUCAGCUAAUCUUUAAAAUCCUGCUCAUGCUCUAUUUAUUAAUACCUCACUUCAUAAAUUGUAGAAGACCUCCUAUCAAAUCAGUCAAUAUUUUAGAUAGAUUUACACUGUUUUUUUAAAAUAUUAUUUAUACCCCUGAAACUCUUUUCUGAGUAUUUAUAAAUUGUCUUUUGAGUGGUUUUGUGGUUCUGUAUUUAGCAAUUUUUUUAGCACAAAAUCAAAGCUCACUGUAGCCACUUCUAAUUUGUGUAGUAGCCAAUAUUGAGACACUGUAAAGAUUCAGGGUAACACUGUGACUAUAAGAUGUAAUGUGAUGUUCAGUUCCUUUUUUUUUUUGUUUACUUUUAAAUAGAAGUUUUGGAUUUCAUGGAAAUCUUUGUUUAAUGUCUCAAGACUUUAACUUGUUCGGUUUGUAUAAUCUUAUGGACAGAAAAUGGGAAUCAUCACUGGGAUGUUUAUCCAUUUUAACCUUAAGUAUAUGAUGUGUGUCCUGACAAACAAGAUAAAAAUGUUAUCUCGUCAAGAUUUCAUACCCUGUUUGUAGACGAUUGAUGUGGAUUUUGAAGAAAGUUAGAACUUAAAAAUUUGUUUUUAUAUGUCAUAAUAAAUUAUUGAAGGGA